AUGGGACCAGAUGCUGAAACGGUCAUUAAACUAGAAUCCUCAGAUGAAGAUUGGUCCAACCCGGACGACACGCCAACUCCUGCAACGGAGACCCGCACAACCAAGAGAUCUUACUCCUGCUCUGUCUGUGGCAAGCUGUUCGACAGACCGUCAAGGCUGGAGCGCCAUGCAAGGGUGCACACACGCACUUGUAUCCCCAAGUCAAAGUGCCGCGAGGAGAGUCCCAUGCAGUUAGUAAAUCUCGCCAAGGACCAGAGUUGCCUCAACAGGCCCAGGUAUUACCCCUGCCCCGACUGCCAAAAAGUGUUCACCAGUCCGUCAAAGCGCGACAGGCACGCGCCCGUGCACCUGAAGAAGCCCAGCGGGCAAAAUGCGUGUUCGUACUGCACCAAAGUCUUCAAGAAACCCACCGGGCUCAUACGCCACGAGCGGAUGCACACGGGUGAAAAACCUUUCAUCUGCUCCGUGUGCGGAAAGGGCUUCUCCGACCCAGGACACUGCAAAGUGCACGAGAAGGGACACGCCGAGCUUCCGGAGAAGCCUCACUGCUGUAAAGACUGCGGCAGGUGCUACCAAAAGCCCUCCCAGCUCAGGCGCCACUUCCGCACGCACACAGGGGAGAAGCCGUUUGCCUGCGCCCUGUGCGACAGACGCUUCAUUCGCUCCGAGGGGCUAAAGAGACACGAGAACUUCCACAGUGGACACAGGCCGCACAAGUGCAUCGUCUGCCCAAAGGGCUUUUACACCCGCCACGAACUCAAUACCCACAACCUGAUCCAUUCGGGGAUGAGGCCGCACAUAUGCCCCGUGUGCGGCAAGGGAUUCACGCAGCUGGGCAACAUGAAGGAGCAUGAGCGCUGCGUCCACAGGAAGACGGAUCUUUACAAAUGCGCAAAGUGCGGGGCGUCGUUCACGCACAGCCAGACGUUGAAAAAUCAUCAGCGCACACACACAGGCGAGAAGCCCUACCUGUGUGUCACUUGUGGCCAGCGGUUCGCAUGGAGCCGUUGCCUCAGUAGACACCAGAAGACACAUGUGCACAUUCAGAAGGACCUGGAGGCCAAAGAAACGCUCCUGGCCCCGGAGAUCUUGGAGACAUCUUCUGUCACCGAUCACAGCAGCCAGACGCUCAGUGAAAUAGAAAAAAACAACUGA